AUGUACAGGAAUUAUAUUUACAUUUUGAUUGCAGGAAGUACCAUUAAAUGCGGCUGGCACACUUAACUUGUCUCAACAUCUUCCUUCAGUUGAAUAUUACCUUAUCAUGAUGUAUGCCAGCGAUCUGGAGGUGCAGCAAAUUUUGCUCUGCAUCUACGCAGUUUUGGCGGGAAACAGUAUACUGAUAUACGACCAUAUGGUGACUCUACCAGAAGAAAUCGCCUUUAUUUGGCGUCGUCCAAAAGCACUAUCUGCAAUAUUAUUUCUACUCAAUCGCUAUGUCGCCCUCCUCAGCAAUAUCUGCGCCUUAGUUAUGGAUUUUGUGCCUGUUUCAGACAAGGUUCUACAAUUUUAUUAUGCUUGUAGUCAACGUUUGACAUGCUUACAACUUAUUUCUGUAGAGCUGCUCGAAAUAUGCGCUAUACAGACAACUAUCCGUUUUCCUUCAAACACUAAUCGUUUGCACAAGCGCCUGCUUACUUGGAUGGCAGUUGUCAUGAUUGCUCUUACGGGACUAGCUUGUGCUGGCACCCUUGGAAAAUUUUCAGGCGAUAUAGAACUUGUGUCAGACACUGGCUGCGAUGAGACAUUUUCAAAAAUGGUAGCUGCCCUGUACAGGAUCUGCAAAAUAAACAGUUUGCUGCGAUUCUCUUUAGUCACCAGGAAAAAUAUCAUUGAUAUCAUAUUUCGCGAUGGUGCGAUGUUUUUCGGAGCGAUGACACUAACUAAUAUACUGAACACCCUGACGUACUACAUUGGUUCAGUUGGCCUCAGAGGCAGUCUUUCCACAUUCACUGGUUGACUAUCGACACUGGUAUUUUCUCCACUCCCGCUCAGGACGACGGUCCCAGCCU